UGGGAGAGAAUUUCUAAAAUAUGGCGCCAAUCGAUGGAAGAAUAUACCUGCUUUCCUAUCAAAUUCCAUAAACGAACAUAUGAAAAGCAAUUCCAGUAUCUUAGUUGUGUUGCACACUAAUAAUGUACAAGCUAAAGCUAGUAUUAGUAGGACCCACCGAGUCCGGGAAAUCAACGUUGGCCAAUUUCAUCUCGGACGCCACAGAAACCCCCAUCACCGAGACCUAUCGUCCCACGCAUUGUGUGCGGAUUUUAGAGUUCGAGGCCACCAAUCUGAAUGUGAACAAUCGUUAUGUCAAAGCGGAUGUCGAGCUCUGGGACGUGAGUGGCAAUCCGGCCUUUGAGCCCACGUGGCCGGCCUUACAACGCGACGCUCACGGUGUGGUGUUCGUGUUCAAUCCGGACAAGGAGCAUCACGCGCGGGAGUUGGAUGCGUUCCAUACGGAGUUUGUGGAGAAACCCGGAAUGUCGGAUACGCAAUGCGUGGUCUUUGCUUACUUCCGGGAUGGACGGCAGGAGAAUCGAGGCGUCAAACUUUCCAAUCACUUUAAUCGCAUCCCACAAUUAGAGGUCAAUAUCGAUGAAGAAGGAAAUCGUCUUCGCAGUGAUUUUAACACGUUCAUCUCGUCCAUUCUGGCUAAUCUCUCGGAGAGAAACGAACAAGAGGAGAUGAACAUCAUGUCCGGGAAAAACUAAGCCCUUCCUCUGGGUAUAACGUUGUUUAACGAGUCCCGUCGAUCAAACUUAUUUGCGUUUAUUGUAUUAGUAACCGUUACGUUAUCGCAUUGCGUAUUACUUUGAAGGGAAUAAACAUAUUUUUCGCAA